UUCAAAUCUCCCGGUAGGUUUCCAAGAUGGCCGCGCCCAUGGACAAAGUUGCCGAACAUCACAAACAAAAACAAAUUUGUGCCUCAAGACCGGCUUACCGGCAGGGCAGAAGGGACAGGGCUGUAAAGGUGUACACAGUUAACCAGGAGUCUCGGUACCUGCUGGUGCAGGGUGUUCCUGCCAUCGGGGUGACCGAGGAUCUGGUGAGACGGUUCGCGCUGUACGGCGCCGUGCAGGAGUACCGCGUCCUACACGAGUACCCUGCUGAGGAGUUCACACAGGCCUACUGGAUCAAGUUCGACAGACUUCAGGCUGCAAGAGUGGCUAAGAGAAAACUUGACGAGUACUCUUUCUUUGGAGGAGUGCUCCAUGUGAGCUAUGCCCCGGAGUUUGAGACAGUAGACGACACCAGGGAGAAGUUGGGAGAAAGGAGAAUCCUGAUCGCCAACAAAACUAGAGGAAAAGAUCAACAUGGCAAGCAACAUUCUGCUUCAUCUCAUGAAGACAAAAAGAAAGUUCCAGCUUCUUCAUCUACAUCAACCUUGCAAAAUGAGCCAAGUCAAAGAACUAAUUAUCAAGAAGAAUUUCCACAGGUGCCUUCAGAAGUUGAAACAUUUCCUGCUCUUCCAGCACCCCCACAACAACAAUGGUACCAUCCUGCACAGCAACAGUCACAAUGGGACGUUCCAAAAGUUGCCUCCAAGCAGGGGGUUUUCCCCGUGGGUUACGACGCUCGCUUAACUGUUCCAACUCCCAACACAAACAAAUCAAGUCCUAGAAGUAAAACAUCUUCAGAUAAUCAGGAUGAAGAUUUAGGACCUCUGAUUGGUCCACAGCUUCCAUCCAAGCACCAAUCAGGUGACAGCAAGGAAGGCACAUCAGGACAAUCUGUUGUUAGACCAGAUCUUGUUCCCAGACAAGUCAUGGCAGGAAGAAAGAGGCCUGCUCCUCCUGGCUUCUUUGGGGAAGCCUUAGACGAAGAUAAAGACUCCAAAGAAGUAGAUGAAGACGUAGGGGAUGAACUGCAGAAGGCAUCUUGUCCAGAUACUGGCAGCUCUUCCAUCAACAAGACAGCCAACUUUGUCAGGCAGAAAAUGAGACAGAUUUCACAAACAGGAAGAAACAUGUCAUCAGGUAGCAGGUCCUCCAAGUCAGGCUCAUCAUCAUCAUCAUCACCCAGGUCAUCCAAGAAAACAACCAGGAGAAGAAUCUGACAGCUGUCAUUUCUCCUGGGUUUUUAUCAAAAUUAUAACAAAAAUCACCAAACGCACAAGAAGAAAAACAUGUAAAGCCUCAGCUAUCCAUGUUCUGCAAUUUCUUUGUUUUUAUUCCAUUGUGUAUAGUUGGAACAUUUAACUCUGCUACAUGAAGGACUGAUACAGAUUGUAAAGUUGUCUUUCUGGCAUUCUGGCUGGUACAUUUCAUAUUACAAUACCCGAAUCUGGAAGUCACAGCUACCAGCCAACCACCUACUGCAUAAGUCAAACCUGUCCAUAGUGACCACUCAAGAGACUAAAUGGUCACAAGAGACAUUAUUCUUAGACCUGAUUUACACAUAGGCAAAACCCAAAGUACAAAAACUGCAUAUUUACAUAAGUGUUAGAAAGAUGCAUAAGUAUAAUGUUUCCUGCAUGUAAAAUGGCCUGGUAUAACGUGUUAAAAACAUGCAUCAAAGCGGUACAGUUUUCAUACA